UAUCAUGUGACAGCAACCAUGUCGAUCGUGCUUGGACAUGUGAAGAUAUCAUGUGCAAGAGUUUUUAUAAAACAAGUGUGCAAUCGAUGAAGAUAAUUUACACCGUUCGUUUUCUUACGCAGCUUAUAUUGCUGGUGCUGUCAGUCUACAAUCAAUUCUCGAACGAAAAUGAAGCUACUGUUUGUGCUUCUAGCCCUUGGAGGCGUUUCUCAAUUAUAUGGACUUAAGAUCUGUGAAAGAAAGGCACCCGGUACGUUAACGGGAAAUCCUGCCAACUGCAGGGAGUUCUACAUGUGCCGUUCCGGUCGUCCGGUACUGUUCUCCUGCCCGGAGAAAAUGUACUUCGAUGUGGCUUCAGCUGCCUGUGGAUACGAAGCGUUAUGUGCUGCAAACGAUGUGAAUUCACCGCAGGUUCCGUUGGAUCCACUCGGACCAGAGUACUCCCCGAUCGUGGCAGAUCCGUCACGGCUAGUGCCGAGCAGCGGUGUUUGUCUGGGUGCAUCGCCAGGUGCAAUUCGAUUGGACACCACCGGUUGCAAAUCGUUCUACCAAUGUACCAGAGCUGGUCCACUUCGGUUCGAGUGUCCCGCCGGCACCCUGUUCGAUAGCAAUCGUAUCCUGUGCGAUGCGGCCGAUAUAGUAUCCUGUGCGUUUCAACCGGCGAAUCCCACCGUCGGUGGCACUGUUGCAAGCAAUAUACUGUCUUUGCUGUGCUUUGGUAAGAAGAACGGUCACAAGAUAUCCCAUCCGACCAACUGCGAGCGGUACAUCGUGUGCAAUGGACAUAACAAACCACAAGAGCUGAAAUGCGCACCCGGUACGGCAUUCAACAAGCAGCGCAACGUUUGUGACUUUAAGCACAAAGUUCAGUGCUAGAGUAGUUGCUUUGCCUUACAUCAAAUGAAACCGAUUUCCGAAAAGCGAUCCUCGCAAAAUCCCGCGUGCUCACCUCAUUACAGCUGGCAUUGAGACGGUAGUUGGACAAAACAGUGGUUUUUGUUUUAAUUGGAUUAAAACCAUGCGUACGUUUACGGGGACACGUGGUGCAAAAGUGGUAAGAGGGAUAAAGUCGAUUUUUGAUUCCAUCAUCGAUUGUCUGGGUGAUUUUGGGUGCGUCCGGAAGGAAAAUAACAUUGGUCAACACUGAGCAGCUGCUUUCGUGUCAAAUGUGUCCUUACUUCCGGUAUCUCAACUAAACAAAAAAAAACACGCACACCCAAGAACCCUGCUUGAAAGGAAGGAAGGACAAACAAGCACAGGUACAAAAUAUGAAUAGUCAAUGAAGGACGAUAAAUUC